GGAGGUUCAUGCGCCGGUGUGCCCGGCCGCGGCGGGCCCCUGCGCGAUGGAGGGCGGCGAGCUGGGUGUAGAGAACAUGGAGACCCUGACAGAGCUGGGCGACGAGCUCACCCUGGGCGACAUCGACGAGAUGCUGCAGUUUGUCAGUAACCAGGCAGGGGACUUUCCAGAUCUGUUUUCAGAUCACUUGUGUGGCACCUUCCAGGGCAACAGCAGCAGCAGCAGCGGCGGCGGUGGCAGCAGCAGCAGCAGCAGCAGCAGUAGCAGUGGUGGGACCCUGGAGCCGCAGUUGCAGCGGCCAUACACCCAGGUGCAGCUCCAGUCCUUCCUGCCGGCCCCUGCCUCCCCACAGCUCCAGACCCUGCCAGUCAAAGCAGCACAGGCAGCACCUGCGGCCCCGCCGCGGUCGGCCCCUCUCCUUCAGCCCCGGCCCCCGCUCCAGCCUCAGCUCCAGCAGCAGGCUGUCAUGAUCACACCGACCUUCAGCUCUGCUCCCCAGACCAGGAUCAUCCAGCAGCCGGUGAUCUACCAGAACGCAGCCACGAGUUUCCAAGUUCUCCAGCCUCAAGUCCAGAGCCUGGUGACGUCCUCCCAGGUUCAGCCAGUUACCAUCCAGCAGCAAGUGCAGACUGUGCAGGCCCAGCGAGUGCUAACGCAGGCUGCCAAUGGCACCAUCCAGACCUUAACACCAGCCACGGUCCAGACGGUCGCUGCACCACAGGUCCAGCAAGUUCCAGUGCUGGUCCAACCUCAGAUCAUAAAAACAGACUCCCUUGUCUUGACCACCCUGAAAGCGGACGGUAAUCCUGUCAUGGCCGCGGUGCAGAACCCAGCGCUGACAACACUCACCACUCCCAUUCAGACCACGGCUCUGCAGACCCUCGUUGGGAGCAGUGGGACCAUUUUGACCACAAUGCCGGUGAUGGUGGGACAAGAAAAGGUGCCUAUCAAACAAGUUCCUGGGGGUGUCAAGCAACCAGAACCACCUAAAGAAGGAGAGAGAAGAACAACUCACAACAUCAUUGAGAAGCGUUACCGGUCAUCCAUAAAUGACAAGAUCAUUGAGCUGAAGGACCUUGUCAUGGGGACGGAUGCCAAGAUGCACAAGUCUGGAGUCCUGCGAAAAGCCAUUGAUUACAUCAAAUACCUGCAGCAGGCCAACCAUAAACUCAGGCAGGAGAACAUGGUUCUGAAGCUGGCGAAUCAAAAAAACAAGCUGUUGAAGGGCAUUGACCUAAGCAGUCUGGUUGACAACGAUGUGGAUCUGAAGAUAGAUGACUUCAAUCAGAAUGUGCUGCUGAUGUCUCCUCCAGCCUCGGACUCAGGAUCCCAGGCUGGCUUUUCUCCCUAUUCCAUUGAUUCAGAGCCAGGAAGCCCACUCCUUGAUGAUGCAAAGGUUAAAGAUGAGCCUGACUCUCCCCCUGUGGCCCUUGGUAUGGUGGAUCGCUCUCGAAUACUCCUCUGUGCUCUCACAUUCCUCUGCCUUUCCUUCAAUCCUCUGACAUCCCUCCUGGAUGCCCGAGGAACCCCGGAGUCCGACAGCCUGGUGCGCCACGGCUCUGGCAGGAACGUGCUGACCACUGAGUCAGACACAGGUGGUUGGUUUGGCUGGAUGAUGCCCACACUGAUCCUGUGGCUCGUGAAUGGAGUGAUUGUGCUGAGCGUGUUCAUCAAGCUGCUGGUGCACGGGGAGCCGGUGACCCGGCUGCACUCCAGGUCAUCGGUCACCUUCUGGAGGCAUCGCAAGCAGGCAGACCUGGAUUUGGCACGGGGGGAUUUUGCUGCAGCUGCAUCAAACCUGCAGACUUGCCUGUCGGUUCUCGGCCGAGCGCUGCCAGCUUCCCGCCUGGACUUGGCCUGCAGCCUAUCCUGGAAUGUGAUCCGCUACAGCCUGCAGAAGCUGGCACUGGUGCGGUGGCUGCUGAAGAGGACUUCUCAUCAGUGGCGGGAGAGGGAGGCCACUGCAGGCUUCGAGGACGAGGCCAAGACCAGCGCUCGGGAUGCGGCUCUAGCAUAUCACAAGCUCCAUCAACUCCAUAUAACAGGUAAACUUCCCUCCAGCUCAGCUUACUCAGGCUUGCACAUGGCCCUGUGUGCUGUGAAUCUGGCGGAGUGUGCGGAAGAAAAGAUCCCACCCAGCACAAUGGCAGAAAUCCACCUGACGGCGGCGGUUGGCUUGAAAACCCGCUGUGGAGGCAAGCUUGGCUUCUUGGCGAGCUACUUUCUAAGCCAAGCUCAAAGCCUGUGCAGCUCAGAGCGGAGUGCCAUUCCUGACUCGUUGCGUUGGCUGUGCCAUCCCCUGGGACAGAAGUUCUUUGUGGAGCGAAGCUGGACGGUGAAGUCUGCUGCAAAGGAGAGCCUCUACUGCACCCAGAGGAACCCUGCGGAUCCCAUUGCACAAGUUCAUCAGGCAUUUUGUGAGAACCUGCUAGAGCGAGCUGUGGAUUCCCUCGUGAAGCCUCAGAUUAGGAAAGAGAUAGCAGGACAAGAAGAAGAAGAACCAUGUGAGUUCUCCAGUGCCAUGGAGUACCUGAAGUUACUCAACUCUUUCCUGGACUCGAUGGGAAGUGGAACCCCACCCUUUGCCAGCAAUUCUGUACUCAAGUCCUCUGUGGGCCCCGACGUGGUGUGCAGGUGGUGGUCAGCAGCCGUGGCUAUGGCGAUCGGCUGGCUCAGAGGGGACGAUGCAGCCGUGAGGUCGCAUUUCGCGGAAGUGGAGCGCAUGCCGAAGUCCCUGGAGAUGUCAGAGAACGCCCUGGUGAAAGCCACCUUCUACGUGUGUAAAGCCAUGCAGGUCUCACUGUCUGGGAAGGCGGACGGACAGCAGAGCUCCCUGGGUCACUGUGAGAGGGCCAGCAGUCACCUGUGGAACAGCCUCAACAUGAGCAGCAGCGUCUCUAGCACCGCCCUUAACAACAUGAUCCAGCUGCUGGCCUGUGACUUGCUGCUCUCUCUCCGCACCAGCCUGUGGCAGAAGCAGGCGAACGCCAGCCAGGCCCUGGGUGAGACCUACCACGCCUCGGCCCCUGAGCUGACGGGCUUCCAGCGCGACCUCGGCAGCCUGCGCAAGCUGGCCCACGGCUUCAGGCCUGCCUAUCGCAAGGUCUUCCUCCACGAGGCCACUGUGCGCCUGAUGGCAGGUGCCAGCCCUACCCGCACCCACCAGCUGCUGGAGCACAGCUUGAGGCGACGCACACCCCAGAGCAGCAAGCAAGGUGAACUGGACACCCUGCCGGGCCAGAGGGAGCGAGCUACAGCCAUCCUGUUGGCCUGUCGCCACCUCCCCCGCUCCUUCCUGUCCUCCCCGGGCCAGCGAGCUGUCCUGCUGGCUGAGGCUGCCCGCACCCUGGAGAAGGUGGGGGACAAGCGCUCCUGCAACGACUGCCAGCAGAUGAUUGUCAAGCUGAGUGGGGGCACAGCCAUUGCUGCCUCCUAACACCUGUGUGGGGCUGCCUCAUGCGAAGACAGCCUGGGCAACUGUCAGUCUGGACUUCCCUUCUGGAGCUUAAGGGGGGGGGGCGGGGGGGGGAAGAAAAAGUUCUGGGUUAGGGUUGUGCCGGUGGGAUUGUGAUGGGGUGGGAGAGGGAGGGUUUUGUUUUUGUGUUGGUUUUUUUUGGUUUUUUUUACCUUGCCCCAGGUUUAGCUUUAUUUGCCUCCUCGCUUGUUCUCAGGCACUGCAGCAGAAAUCUGUUUAGCUGUGGUUUUUGUGACUGUGCCUGGGCCUGUUGGGAAGUGCUGCCCUGACCCUGAGCCCUAAUUCCUGCUGGGAGGCAGAGUCCACAAGCCCAAGGCAUAGAGAAGUGACACAUCCCUUGUCUCUCCUCAGGGGCAUAUUCUUCCUUUCCCAAACCCUCUGGGGAGGGCAGAGGAUCUGCUUAAGCCUGAGAAUAUUCCUGAGAGAGACUGGGAUGGCACCAGCUUUCCUUGAGCUGUGUGUCAGGAAACUGAAGCCCUCUAGACCCAACUUAGGGAGGUGCUCUGGGAAUAUCGCCUGGGCCCAGUACUGCCCAGCAAAUUUCUCUACAGUUUUUAUACAGGUUUUUUAUAGGAGUGUUUGUGGCUUUACAAAAACGUAGGGAACGAUGCAGCAGAUUUCCCUUCCUCUCUACUUCAUGCAUUUCCUUCCUGUGACCAGAACUGCCUCCAGAUUUUGGCAUGGGGUUGGGUUUGUGGAAGUCUGCAACAAGCAGAGCCUCAUAAGAGUCCAGGGAGUCCCUGGUCAUCUGGUGCCGGGUGGCAGCAGAGGUGGAUGUGCAGUGCCCUGCACUUGGCAUGAAGGGCAAAUGCUGCCCUGGUGCCUUUAUUGUUGAUGGAGAAGCAAUGUUUAGAAACAGUUGUUUUUUUAUUUUACUUACCUCCCAGUCCCAGAACUUGUCUUCUGGUGUUUCUCCUUCCCAUCAGCUGUUCAACAGCUCCUGAACUGCUGCAGGGACUAGGAGGCACUGGCUCAGGGUGUGUCUCCCAGCUCUGCUGCCAUCACUGUUCAGAGCAGCUUGACUUGGCAGGUGUUGAACCGUCUGUGACUUGCCAAGAGGGGGAGGCGGAUUGGGGCCAGGGAGGGAACGGUUUGCCCUCUUUCUCUCUGUCUUUCCUGUUGCAUCUCUGCAAAGAAGUGCAAAGCAGUUGCCCUCCCACGUGGACAAAUGUGGAAACCAGCCAUUGGCAGGCAGGCACUGCUGCUUCUCCCUGUGCUGACAUGUGCUCUGUGUCAGCAGGUAGAAGCACUUAGAUAAAGGUAGCAGCCCAGUCCUAUCCUUUCCUAGUCAGGCCCAUGCAGCCUGACAUCUGUAAAAUCAGAACUUGGGAUGUUUUGCUAGAAGAUUCUACAUCCAUCCAGCUUUUGCAGACGGGCAUGAGAGCUUAAGCUCCUUCCAAAAUAAGGGGAAAAGGAUGAGGGCUUGUCUCGCUUUUCAAGAGGUCUUUUGGCACCUGGGAGAAAGAUUUAAUGUUCUCCAGGAAUUGAACACAAAUAACGCUAGUCCUAGAGUUGCUUGGCUUCAACAAGAUGGAAAGGGGCCAGGAGAAUCCUGUCUCGCAAUGAAGCCUGUUCCUAGUGACCCUGUGCCAUAGCUGGGAACACAAUUGUGGGGAUCAGAAUAGAUUCCCCCACCCCUUGCACUUUAUUUGAGGAACAGCCGGAGGACCUGGAGCCCUGAUGGCCGGCAGCCUGUGCAUUUGAAGGGGAGGGGAGGUCAUCCUAUGAGGGGGAGAGGUUGCUUUUGCAUGUCUUUGAUCAGUGUGGGGGAUGCUCUGGUGUGGGUGGCAGCAGCCAUGCCUGUAUCCUAAGUGUGCAGAACAGCUCUUGGGUUUGGGUGGGUUUUGAUUGCCCAUCCCGCCUUUCCUAGUUCAUCAGUGAUCCUAUUCUGGGGAGGUAGAUCACAUCCUUCCACUUUUUUCUCCCUCUAAGUGGCUCUUGCACUGUCUUCCUGGUCAUGGGUUUUUCCUAAAAUACAGAAACUGUUUACCUGUGGCAACUUCAGAGUUACUUCCUGUUUCCCCAGAUCUCUGUGCAACGCGUGGGAAGUUUUGUGCUUCAGCAAAAGGGAAGUGAGGCUUUGGGAAGACGGAGCUGCUGAGGCUUUACUUGCCACUUAACAGUGGACUGAGUCCUGGGGGAUGGGCUGAAGAGAGCACUGGCUGGGCUGGGUGGGGGAGGCUGUGGGGUUGAAACCCCAGUACCUAAUGGCAUGAUUCACAGAGGGUCCUAGCACCGCUGGUACUUCUCUCCCCUCCAAGGCAAGGGGUCUUUUUCCUUUUUCCUACACAGUUCAUAAAUUUGCUGCCUAUCUGUCCCUACAACUUUUUUUAUAUGUGUGUAUAUAUACUGUAACUUUUUUUGUCGAUGGUGGUGGGUGGGAGGAAAUUGUUUUAUGGAUUAUGUGAAGAAAGUCUAUUUAUCCACAUGGAGUUUGGAGUAGGGAUGCUUUGUGAAAUGAGGUGCAACUGGGGGUGGGGAUGUUCCCUAGGCACCAGACCUGCUGUCUGAAAACCCUGUUCCAGGGCUUGCAAACAUCCGUUACCUAUUAAAGGCAAAUGUUACCACCA